CCUAGCCUAAGGUGUACCAGAGAGAGAAAGUCCUUCAGGGUCUCAGCAACUACGUAUUGAGAGAUUUUCGUUUAAUCAUUAUCAUGGUACAAACAUUCAGAAAGUAAACUAUGAUUCAUUCCCAUAUAGUUCCUAAAGUCAUUCAAUUGCAUAUCCUUUUUGUCUUCCUUGCCCUCCUAUGGGAUCCGGCCUAUGCUGACCCUCUUCAUAGCAAUUGUUCAACCACGGGUAACGAUGCAGUUAAUAGUCCAUUUUACAAUAAUCUCAAUUAUAUCCUCUAUUCUUUAUCCUCAAAAGCUUCUCUUACCAAAUUCUACAAUACUUCCACUGGAAAUGACACGAAUAGAGUUUAUGGUCUCUACAUGUGCCUCGACUAUGUUACUAGUGAAAGCUGCGGCGAAUGCAUAACAGAGGCUUCACGAGAUAUCUCAAAGCUUUGUCCUAGCACAACAGAAGCUAUUGUAUGGAAGGAAACAUGUCAAUUGCGCUACUCAAAAAAAAGUUUCUUUGGCAUACUAGAUGUCACAGGAAAUAUUCCCCUGAAGAACAAGAGUAAUAUUUCACAACCAGAAGAGUUCAAAUCUCUCGUGAACGUGACUUUGAAUAAGCUUGCUAACCAGGCAGCUUUCAAUCUUUCAGCUAACAUGUAUGCUACUGGAGAAGCAGCCUUUCAAGGCAAAACAAUCUAUGCUCUAGUGCAGUGCACUAGAGACUUGUCUGCCAAUGACUGUAAUUUAUGCCUUCAGAGUGCCACAAUAGACAUUUUAAGUUACUCCGUUAGUGCAAGACUUCUCAGUCGUAGUUGCUUCUUGAGAUAUGAAUUGCACCCUUUUUAUGGAGACACAUCCAGCGCUUUUGAUAUUUCCCUAGUGCCAGUGGUAGCUAAGCAAGUUAUCAUUAUGGUUACGGUUGCACCAGCAUGCUUGGCGGUAAUACUUCUGGGUUCCUAUGUUUAUUGUCAUAGGAAGAAUAAAAAAGGGAAGAAAGAAAUUUUAGAACAAGGAAUGGUUCAAAUAACCGGUGAUCCCAGUAUCUUAGAUUUCCAUCACCGGCAUUUUCUACGAAGAUAUGAAUCAAAAUCUCAAGAAUUCCCUCAUUUUAAUUUGGCAUCUAUACAAGUAGCUACCAACAACUUUUGUGAUUUAAAUAAACUUGGACAGGGUGGCUUUGGCCCCGUUUACAAGGGUAUACUAAGUGAUGGAAAGGAAGUGGCAAUUAAGAGGCUCUCAUGCUACUCCGAGCAAGGUUUAGAGGAAUUCAAGAAUGAGGUUCUAUUGAUAAUGAAACUUCAACACAAAAAUCUUGUCAGGCUUCUAGGUUUUUGCGUAGAAGGAGAGGAAAAGCUACUUGUUUAUGAAUUAAUGCCCAAUAGCAGCCUAGAUGUCAUUCUCUUUGAUCCAAGGAAACGUGAACAACUCAAUUGGAGGAGAAGUCUUAAUAUUAUAAUUGGAAUUGCACGUGGAAUCCUUUAUCUUCACGAGGAUUCUAGACUUAGAAUUAUUCAUAGAGACCUAAAAGCAAGCAAUGUGUUGUUGGACUAUGACAUGAACCCUAAGAUCUCAGACUUUGGAAUGGCAAGGACCUUUGUAGGAAGUGAAGGUGAAGCUAAUACAGCUACAAUAGUUGGGACAUAUGGAUACAUGGCUCCGGAAUAUGCUAUGGAAGGAUUAUAUUCUAUUAAGUCUGAUGUAUUUAGUUUUGGAGUACUCUUGCUUGAGAUCAUAACUGGGAAAAGAAAUGCUGGCUUCCAUCAAUCAAAACGUGCUCCCAGCCUCCUAGAAUAUGCAUGGAAACUAUGGAAUGAAGGAAAGGCAUUGGAGCUAAUGGAUCCUUUAUUGAUUGACACAUUCAAUCGAGGUGAAUUUCUAAGAUACGUACAUAUUGGACUAUUGUGUGUUCAAGAAGAUGCGUGUGAUAGGCCAACAAUGUCAGCUGUGGUUGUAAUGUUGAAAAGUGAAACUGUCAUUCUUAGCCAACCUGAACGACCUGCCUUUUCUAUGGGGAGAUUCACUGAUAAUGGCGCACCGGGUCCCGAAUGUCGCUCUGUCUACGGCUUAUCAAUUUCCAAUAUUGAGCCACGGUGAAGGAUUCAUAAAUUCGAAACUUUAUUAAUGCCUUCAUUUGUGCUGUAUAGAAAUAAAAGUCUCUAUUCUCUUGUAAUUGACUUUAUAAUGUGUGUCAUUUAUAGUUGGGUCAUGUUAAGGGCAAUUGUUAAUUUGUUAAUAAACUAUAAUAAGAAAGUUUUA